CUGGUCUUAGGGAUCUACCACUUGCAUCCGGGCUCCUGUGGCCAUGGCUUCCAAAUGCCUCAAGGCCAGUUUCUCCUCGGGAUCCCUCAAGAGCCCAGGAGGGACCGGAGGGGGCUCCAGUCGUGUAUCCACGAUCUAUUCCAGCAGCUCUUGCAAACUCCCGAGUCUCUCCCGGGGGGCCCGAAGUUUCUCUGUGUGCACAGCUGGGCUGGGCAGAAGCAGCUCCAGGGCUUCUGGUGGCCUCCCUGCUCUCUGCCUCACCACUGGAGGCUUUGCCGCCAGCUACAGCAUGGGUGGGGGCUGGUUUGGGGAGGGAAUCCUCACUGGCAACGAGAAGGAGACCAUGCAGUCCCUGAACGACCGGCUGGCCAGCUACCUGGAGAAGGUGCGCCAGUUGGAGCAGGAGAACGCCAGCCUGGAGAGCCGCAUUCGGGAGUGGUGUGAGCAGCAGGUUCCCUACAUGUGCCCCGACUACCAGUCCUACUUCCGGACCAUCGAGGAGCUCCAGAAGAAGACUCUUUGCAGCAAGGCAGAGAAUGCCCGGCUGGUGGUGCAGAUUGACAACGCCAAGCUGGCUGCCGACGACUUCAGGACCAAGUAUGAGACAGAAGUGUCCCUUCGGCAACUGGUGGAGGCUGACAUCAAUGGCCUGCGCAGGAUCUUGGAUGAUCUGACCUUGUGCAAGGCUGACCUGGAGGCACAGGUGGAGUCCCUGAAAGAGGAACUGCUCUGCCUCAAGAAGAACCACGAGGAGGAAGUGAACUCACUGCGCUGCCAGCUUGGCGACCGGCUCAAUGUCGAGGUGGAUGCUGCUCCACCUGUGGACCUGAACCGUGUUCUGGAUGAGAUGAGGUGCCAGUAUGAGACUCUGGUGGAGAAUAACCGCCGGGAUGCUGAAGACUGGUUUGACACCCAGACAGAGGAGCUGAACCAGCAGGUGGUGUCCAGCUCAGAGCAGCUGCAGUCCUGUCAGGCAGAGAUCAUUGAGCUGAGACGCACGGUCAACUCCUUGGAGAUCGAACUGCAGGCCCAGCAGAGCAUGAGAGAUGCUUUGGACUCCACCUUGGCAGAGACAGAGGCCCGCUACAGCUCCCAGCUGUCCCAGAUGCAGUGCAUGAUCAGCAACGUGGAGUCCCAGCUGGCCGAGAUCCGGGCUGACCUGGAGCGUCAGAACCAGGAGUACCAGGUGCUGCUGGACGUCCGGGCCCGGCUGGAGUGCGAGAUCAACACGUACCGGGGCCUGCUGGAGAGCGAGGACAGCAAGCUCCCCUGCAACCCGUGUGCCUCUGACUGCUCAUCCUCCAAGUCAAGCUUCCCCUGCCUUCCUGCAGCCUCCUGUGGUCCAGGCAUAGCCCGCACGACCUGCAGCCCCCGCCCUGUUUGCGUGCCCUGCCCAGGGGGUCGGUUCUGAGAACUUCUG